AUGCAAGCAGAACAUCCAGAAGAUGCUAUUGCUCAGAAGAUUUUGAAGCGGGCCGAGAUCGCGAGAAUUACUCGGCAGCUCAAAAGCAAGCUUUUCAGGGCUGGGAUGAAAGUUAGAGAAAGUCAAGGAAAGGCCACAAGUUCCUCCUCCCCACCUAUUUGGUCCUCUCCCACAAGGAACUCCGACCCGCUCGACAAGGGGACCUCUCCUUCGCCGUCUCCUAUGAAGCGAAAGUCUUCUGAGACGGGUGCCGAUUUUUCCUCACCUGUGAAACGCCUCCAUCAUGCAAACAUUCCAUCGUCACCGUUCUAUCCUUCCAAUAACGACAUCGGAUACGCUUCAGCUGACAGGUCACCUCACCAACAGAGGAGCGAGCUAGUACCAGUUCCAAGAACGCCUCCUUCGAACAGCAAAGUCAUUCUCAACGAUAUAGCUCUUCAAAAGACCUCCAACGGGACCAAGGAAAGCACUGUUGGGUCCGCACAGUCGGCGCUACAAUCGGCAUUGUUUUCAACACCAAGAAGUACCCGUACGAAGAAGAAUUUCGAUUUUAAGACUCCGAAUUCCAGAUACGUCAACGAAAACGAAGAAGGAGCAGACCUGCUGCUUUACUUGUCGAAUUCGCCAGCUAGGACUUCCAAUUCCAGAGAAGCCAAAGACUCCAGCAGCUUCCUCAACAUCCCUACAACGCCUAAAUCCAACCACGCUUCGAUACUCAACUUGGCCAGCACACCCAACUUGGGCAUUGAGUCUACGCCGCCACGGAAUGGCUCUUCUGCACUGCCGUUCUCGACACCCUCGCUUCUGCAACCGCCAAGCACACCGGGGAACGGCAGUGUACUCGGUGCCAAGCUUUUUGGCAGCACAAAAAAUGGCUCCAAGACGCCGGCAUUUAGUAUGUCUGAUUACGUGAGCAUUUUCACGCCAAGCCCAAGACAUACGCGCACUCCGGAAUUUUCGCACGGGUUCGUUAAACCUGCGGUGCUCAGCUACUCGAAGGAGUUGAAUGGAAUAACAAAGGGCGACGAAAACUAG